AUGAACAAAUACGAAUACGUUGUCCCUACAUCACUCUCCAAAGACAGCUCGAUAUACGAACUGUUCUCCAGCCAAGAAAAUUCUAUGCUGAGCUCGUUUGUCUCCGACGAGCUCGAUGCAGUCCCCACCGAAGAAGAAAAAAAGUACUUCAUGUCGCUUCAGAAAACAGACCCGAUGUUCUCAAAGAUCAUUGGUGAUGACGAGGAAGAAGAAGAAAUGGAAAACAAGAAGACGGGUACACCCGAGCUGAACUCACAAUGCAUCGGGAAAAGCGACUCUGACGAGCAAGACAAGGAUCAACCCUAUGAAACAGACUCAAAAGAAAAGGUUGACAAAAAACCAGCAUUCAAGGCAACUGUUAGUUCAAAACUUUUCGACAUUCAAGCACCCCCUUUCGUACACAACGAGUUCUUUGGAAACCCCUUCAAAAGACCACAGAGCAAUCCAAGCCAUUUUAAUGGGCCCGAACAAUUGGACAUCCCGUUACAAGAACCCUACCAAAACAAGUGGAGAACUCAGCCUUGUCUUUUUUAUCAGAGAUACGGAUUUUGCAGAAAAGGUGACGAGUGCAAUUUUCAGCACAUCCCGUCGACAGGAAAGCAGUUUAUAAGUGUCGACCAGCUCUACCGCACAAAGCCGUGCAAAUACUUUUUCACCACUGGAACAUGCAGAAAGGGAGAUAACUGCAACUACUCACAUGAUGUUUCCGUUUGUUAUUUGUUUACUUAUGGUCAUUUUGCUAUUCGAACUGAAUUCAUUCGUGUCGAAGAACUUAGAAAACUAACGACCAGAAAUUUAGCAACUACAAAUUCGAUGAUUGAUUGGAUUAUUGCAAUUUUUGUGUUUUGUGGAAGAGAUUUGUGUGAAUGA